UUUUCUAAUGUUUUGUUGGUAUUUCUCAGGCGCGAGCUUUUUAUAUGUUGUGACAGUAGAUUACCGAUUUAACUGUUUAUAUAAUUUCAUUAGACUAUUUAACCACACGUACUUGUUACCGAGUCACAUUCUCAGUUCGAUACUCACAGCAACGUCAUUAUUUAGCUUUGUUAGAAUUUCUAACUGUCAAAUAACAUCAAGAUGUCGGGUUCAGACAGUGAUUCGAGUUCACCAAACAUGGCUUUAGAUAUGGAAUGUGAAUUCUUUUCAGAAGAUGGACACUCAACCGAGGAGGAAGUUGACAGCAACACCCAAGUAGACCCCUACAUGUUUGAACCAGUAACAGAUGAAAGCGACAGCGAGGGAACCCCAGAGAAUCCUGGUUUAGGAUAUAUGGAUAACAGACGCACAGAAAACACUGAAUGGUGCAAGUGUGGACAGUGUAUUGCACACCCAACUGCAGAAGAGUGUAGCUGCUGUCAGGAGAACCCUACAAUUGUGGCCAAGAUUGAAGAAGUGGAGAGAGAAGGCCUGCCACCAGUAAACUGCAUCACUCAACACCCUGGCUUUACUGGGGUGUGCUGUAACAGAUGGGUGCUGCAGACAGCAUACUUCCAGUACAGACAGCAGUAUUGAGAGGUAGAUGUGGCUGAUCAAGCUGUCAACAGGCGAUACAGAUACACAGGCUACCGGCAGUUUGUGAGAUGAUGCUGUGGAUACCUGGGAAGGAAAGUGAGAGUGCCACUUCCUGCAUGUGCAGUUAGAGCCAUAAGAAUGGAAUUUCCAUCAGAAGAAUUUUGAGGCUUCAAGUAUCCAUCUUUAGAGUAAUGACAAACAAUGACUUUGUGGCAAGAAGAAUAUAUUUUGCUUUUCCCACUCCAAUUCAGUGAAUGUAAUAUUUACAAUUAUUUUUAUCAAGUUUAAUCAUUUAUAGUGUAUGUGGAGUAUUAUGUUAUUGUACUGUAUCAGGGUUCUUUUUAUUCAGUUUCUUUGGGAGUUACAUCACCAACAAACAUCAUAAAUACAUAAUGUACAUAUAUAUAUACAAAUUAUGCUAGACAAACAUAUUGCAAACAUUAAUGUAUAAAAUAACUUUAGGAUAGUAACACUGUACUAUAUCAUGCAUAUUGACAAAAUAAAAGAAUGUCUAUUUUUCA